ACCAGCCAGAAUCUGAGCAAGAACCAACCAACUGCAGAUGGUCAACAAGAAAUGGUCAACAACAACAACCUCCCAAGCACCACCAACUCACAACAACAACAACAACAACAACAACAGUGGCAAGUAGUAUUACGACAAUCGACUGGAAAACUAGUACUCUAUCACUCAACCUCAAACAGAUUAUCAGUCCAUCACUCAAUCCCAACAACAACUGCAUCAUCAUCAACAACAACAACUGAAAACUCACUCCAACUACAAUCAUCAUCUCGUUCACUCUCAAGACAGCAGAACUACAAGAACCAAAACAUCUCAUACUGUCCACUCUGUCUGCAAGCACUCAACAUCUCACCCAUCCCAACCAACAAUGACAACAAACAACAACAAGAACAGGGAAACAACACUCAAUCGACUAGUACUCAACCGAACUCAUACUAUCAUCAAAGAUCAAGUCGUCCGUUGACUCGAUCAGCCUUACCCGCCCAUCAAGACUCACAACAACACCCUCCACCCUCAGUAUCACAAACAAAUACACAGUCACACACCAUCACCCAAGAAUCGUACUUCGACCUGCUCUCUCAAAGCAAUACUCCCCUCCCCAGUCGACCCAUCUCGCCCAUCCAAAUCUCAUCAUCCCCCCUCAGGCACUCCUCUUCAACCUCCUCGAUCUCUUCUCUCGACUCGCUCAGAUUCCCGGCCCAUAAUCCGUCUGAUAAUCAUGAGGCAGAGGACUAUCGUGAACCGCUGGGCCAAGAGAAACGUGUCGAUGGCUACUAUCAUCGCUUCUUUAUCGAGGUCUUGAAACUCGGAAGAGGCCAGAAAGGAUCCGUCUUCCUGUGCACUCACAUCCUCGACGGAAACGCUCUCGGUGAUUAUGCCAUCAAGAAGAUAGCCGUCGGUCAAUCAAGUCAUGAACUCAUGCAAGUAUUAAGUGAAGUGAAAUUUUUGGAAAGUUUACGACACCCGAACAUAACCCAAUACCAUCAUGCAUGGAUCGAGAAAGCACAACUGUCGAGAUUUGGGCCGAAAGUGCCGGUAUUAUAUAUCCUAAUGAAUUUUGCGAAUGGGGGGACAUUGGAGGAUUAUAUCUGUCUACGGAAAGGGUCUAAAAAUUCUUCCAGUCAAGUUGAACAAGCAGAAGAUGAAGAAGGAACCGAGGAGGAACAAAGGCGGAAUAGACAGAAACAACGCUUUCGUCAGCAGCGUACCAAACCUCAAUCGAUCCUUCCAGGCUUACUCAUCGACCCUUUAUCCGCCUGGAAAAAUCUUCAUUCUUCUUCUGAUCCUCUUCAUCAUCAUAAUACACACAAGAAAUCAACUCCUACCGAUCGGGCUGUUCAUCUGUUUGGCUUCGAAGAGAUCUUCAGUAUUUUUGAAGAUACUUGUCGCGGACUUGGGUUCCUUCAUUCUCAAGGUAUCCUUCAUCAUGAUUUGAAGACUGAAAAUGUCUUGCUUCAUUGGGCUUCUGAAGACGCAAUGAUUCCCACCGCUUUGAUUUCGGAUUUUGGGAGUUCGAUUUCUCAAUCGGAGAAUUGGAGUCGAGAGAGAACGGGGCGGACGGGUACAUUGGAUUGGGUUCCACCUGAAUCGUUAAAGAAAGAUCCUAAAACGGGAAAGUUAAUUGAGGUCACUCAAAAGGGAGAUCUAUGGCAACUCGGACUUGUUUUACAUUGUCUCUGUUUCUUCAGAUUGCCUUAUACUCAUUCUGAAGAUAUCGAUCUAUUGAAAGAUGAAAUCAUUAAAUAUCCAGGGUUUUUGAUAGAUGAAUAUCCAGCUGAGCAAGGAAGAACGAAGAGGAAGAUGAACAACUACGAGACCGGGCAUCAUCAUCAACAACAACAACAUUCGAGUCGAUCGGACCUUCCACGUGGAAUGCUGGAGUUACUAUCGGAUCUGUUAUGUUUGGAUCCACGCUUACGACCGAGUUGCGAGCGCGUCUUGCGGAGCUUAGAGAAGCUUCGAGAAGAAACGAGCGGAUAUGAGACCUCGAGUCAGACAAAGCCUUCGGCGGGCGUCAUGGUCCCAGGCGGCCAAGCAGCGGAUCUGGGAUCUACUGGCGGCGGUAUUGUGGGGCCGGCCUCGGCGCUCGUCAAGCGGCGGCGGAUCUUGAUCGACCCUUCCGUCGAUGAAGAGGACUUCUCGGUUCUCCCUUCACCAGACUCGAUGAUCAACUUACAACAACAACUUCAACAACAACAACCAUCUACUCAUAAUAACCACAAUAAGGAACUCUUCUCUAUCCUACCUGACCCUGCUCCUUUAUCAUCAUCAUCCUCUCCUUAUCCUCCUCCUCCUCUUUCCUCUCCUCUUAUUAAUCAUCAACAUCAACAUCAUCAUCAACUUUUUGAGCCCGAUCUCACGAGGAACUUGUCCCGUCAUCCGAUCCCCCUCUUCAGUUCUUCUAGCACCAUCACUCCUGCAUCGUUUCUGAAGAAGCCUUCUUUUAGGGUCUUGAAUUCUUGCGCCUCGAGGUUUUCGGCGCUGGGCUUCGCUCUCUUUAUUUGUUUCAAAUCAAUAUUCUUUAUCCAACUUCUAAGCACUACCAACUCGCCUAAAUCCUCGAUGCAAAUGAAGAACAAGGACUAUGACCAACCUCAAGGUCUUGAUCAAAUCAUGUUAAUGGCUUUGAUCAUUUUCAAUACUUUUGAACUCUUAUUGUGUCAUCCUUUGGUUUCGGUCUUAGUGACUCUCUUUGAGGUCUUUUGGAUCACUUAAAUCUGGUCCUGUUUUUUUUUUCCUGUAAUCAAGUGUUUAAUUUUAACCAGAUCAGAUCAGAUCUCAGAGAUAACCCCCUUACUUAUUCAUCAACCUAAAUCAACAAACUUACCUCAUGUGAUCACAAUGUGUAUGUAUUGUAAUCAGAUUUGUACAUCCUUUUAUUUUCUCAAUUCUUUGGUUUGUUACAUAAGUAUAUAUAUAUAUAUCCAUGUGUUGAGUUAUGAAAUCUGUAAUCGUUCUCUUCACACCAGUACUUGAGUAGGACAUGUUUCUCAUGUUUGGAUCUGUGAAAAGAAUGAAAACAAUACAGCCUUACAUGCAUAUUUAGGUCUGAAUCAGAUUGUGUUUGUC